ACGCGUGAGAUGCUGAAGAAGAACGACGCGCGCCGAAGUCCGAAGCCAAAUCACCGGCCAAACCCCCAUGUGUUGCCGUGUUGAGGUGCAUAAAGCGGCAUUGAGGAAGGUUGCGAGAGAUUGCUCGGAGAGAGAGAGAGAGAGAGAGAGAGAGAGAGAGAGAGCUAUGGAGGCGGAGGAGGAGAGCUUGAAUAUUUCUGCUGUCGUUAAGGAGGCACUUUGCAGCGACGGUGGAGGAAGGAGUAACGGGAACGAUGAGGACGUGGCGUCCUCAAUCCCUUCGUCUUCGAUUUCCAUAGACAUAUCCCUUCCAGUUCCUGAGAUGAAGCCUGGGAUUGUCGACUUAUGCAAGGAUCUUUUUAGAAAAUGGUCAUCUCUGGACAAUUCACAUUUUUCAGUUGAGAGAGUUUCUGGCGGCAUAACAAACCUCUUGCUGAAGGUUGCUGUAAAAGAAGCCAGUUCAGAUUAUGUUUAUCUGACUGUUAGGUUGUAUGGGCCAAAUACUGAUUUAGUUAUUGACCGCAAACGAGAGUUGCAGGGCCUACCAUUUAUAUCAGCUGCUGGCUUUGGUGCUGAAUUGCUAGGAUUAUUUGCAAAUGGCAUGGUCCAAUCAUUCAUUAAUGCUCGUACUCUCGAACCAUCAGAUAUGAGCGAGCCCAAAAUAUCUGCUGAAAUAGCUAGUCAACUCCGCAAGUUUCACCAGGUGGAAGUAGUAGGUUCGAAAGAACCACAGCUGUGGAGCGAUAUCUUUAAGUUCUUUAAACAAGCUGAGGCACUAGAGUUUGAUGAAAAGAAGCAACAGGACAAGUAUAAAACCAUUUCUUUCAAAGAAAUCCAUGCUGAAUUGAAUUCACUUAAGGAUCUAACUGACCAAUUAGAUGCCCCUGUGGUUUUCGCUCACAACGAUUUACUCUCUGGUAAUUUGAUGCGGAAUGACAAAGAAGAUAAACUCUACCUCAUUGAUUUUGAAUACGGUUCAUACAGCUACAGAGGCUAUGAUAUUGCAAACCACUUCAAUGAAUAUGCCGGCUAUGAAUGCGACUAUAGUUUGUAUCCUGCCAGAGAAGCUCAAUAUCAUUUCUUCAGGAAUUAUCUCGAGCCGGAGAGGCCAAAUGAGGUUGAUAACGGGGCCGUUGAAGCCCUCUACAUUGAAACUAAUACCUUUAGGUUGGCAUCUCACCUUUACUGGGCUCUGUGGGCUAUUAUCCAGGCCAAAGUAUCACCAAUUGAUUUUGAUUACCUCUCCUACUUCUUUCUGCGCUACGACGAAUAUAAGAAGCGGAAGGAAGCGUCCUUUUCCAUGGCGAAGGAAUACAUCUCUGGUGGUUUGAUCAAUGGUUCCGAUCUUUAGAUCUUUUUUCUUUGUGGUUUUAGAGUAGUGUAAAUAGGAUUGCAGUGUAUUCUGAAUAUUUAGAUGUUUCUGUUUGGUUAGAUGCAUGCGUAGCAAAGUAAAAAACAAUGUAUUAUAAAUACUUAUGAGCCGUUUGAUUGAAUAAGUUGAAUGCAUAAAUUUUUUUUUCUUGUUAA